UGUAAUUUGCGUUGUCGUCGUUGUCAAUUGUAACAUAACCUAAAAAAUUAAAAUUAGUAAUCUAUAAAUUAGCUUAAUUUUUGUUGUACAUGCUUCUCGACGUAAAGUCGAGGCAUAUGCUACUGGGAUGGUUUUAUUAGAAAAUGAUGUGUUUUUGAGUGAACUCACUAGGUUAUUUGAAAAGUCACGGCUGUCAGGUUCUGUAGCUGUAACUAUCAAAAGAUUCAAUGGUCAUAACAAACCGGAGCCCAGAGAAGGCAACCCACCUUUACCAAAACCAACAGAGUAUCUUUGUUUAGUACGAGCUAAAUUACACUCGAAAAAAAUUUCUACUGUUAUUCAUUCCAAGGAUGUAAAUAAAUUCCAGCAAGCGUACUGGAAUCUACUAAAAGCUAAUAUAAAUGGACUGAAAAAAUUAAAAAAAGUAAAAAGCGCAAAGCCUAAAGCUCAUUAAUCAAAUUAAUAUUUAUUUAUAUUACUUUUUUUUAAACUGAUCAAGAAAAUGCAAUUUCUAUUAAUAAAUCAAUUGAUUAUGUAUCAUAAUUACUUCGUACAUAGAUACAUGUGUUCAAAUUGUGUAAUGUCGCAUUGAAAUCACUAAAAUAUAUAUUGUAUGUAUAAUAA